CUUUAUGGAACUUUAAAAAAGUUAUGAUGUUAUCCAAGGAAGAUGGAAAACCCUACACACUAAGCAAAAAAUAAGAUCUUUCUCUCUCUGACGACGCAAUCCCUAAUUUCUGGUUCUCCGUUCGUCGGCGGAGAAGAUGGGAUUCCUUUCCAAUAAAAUCUCCAGAGACGAUGUGAAACCAGGCGAUCACAUCUAUUCAUGGCGUCAAGCCUACAUUUACGCUCAUCACGGAAUCUAUGUAGGUAAUGGACAAGUCAACCAUUUUACUCGUGGUGAUGGUCAAGAGACUGGAACUGGGACUUUCUUGGACAACAUCAUUGUUAGUUCAUCUCAUAAUCAUGGAGACAACCCAUGUCCUGAUUGUGGAGAUCGAUCCAAUCUUGGCGGUGUUAUAUCUUCCUGCCUUGAAUGUUUCCUUGCCGGAGGUGAUCUCUAUGUCUUUGAGUACAGUGUUUCCCCUGCUAUCUUUCUUGCCAAACCUCGAGGCGGCGUAUGCACUAUAGCAUCUUCAGAUCCUCCAGAAGAAGUCAUCUAUCGAGCAAAUUUUCUCUUGCAAAAUGGUUUUGGUGUGUACAAUGUCUUCAAGAACAACUGUGAAGAUUUUGCCAUCUAUUGCAAAACGGGUUUGCUAGUGGCAAACACCGACGUGGGAAGGAGUGGUCAAGCUGCUUCAAUUGUUGCAGCUGCCAGUGUUCUUCUUUCUUCACCACUCAGGUUUGUAGCAGGUUUUGGUGGUUUGGCUGUGGCUGGCUAUGGCAUGUACUGCACCAGUCGCUUAGUUUCAGAUAUAGGCAUGCGAUGGGAUGUGAGCAAGGUGCCUGUUGAGAGACUAGUUGCUGAUGUGGCUUGUAUGUCGGACAUGGAAGCUAAACCAGAAGAUGAGAAGACUACUUAAUCCAAAACUGCUCACACCUGUAUUACCAUACUGGUUGAUCUCUGAUUGUAAAUGUUGUGGCGGAAGUAAGAGAAUCUGCUUCUGCUGUAUCGUGUUGUGCAACAUUUGUUUAUGUAAUUACGAAACUUGGCUUUUGAUUAACACUGAACUAUGAUGCUUCAUUUUAUUAUAUACAAUAAGAUUGAA